GCGCCCCAGAGGACCCCUGCCUGCAGCCCCCGCGCCUCUCUCAGGCCCUCUCAGAGCAUGCUGCCUGCAGCCAUGAAGAGCCUCGGCCUGGCACUGCUGGCCUUGCUGCUGUGCCUCUCGCCGGCCCAUGGCCUGUGGUGCCAGGACUGCACCCUGGCCAAUUCCAGCCAUUGCGCCCCGAAGCAGUGCCAGCCGACCGACACCGUUUGUGCCAGCGUGCGGAUCACCGACCCCAGCAGCAGCAGGAAGGACCAUUCUGUGAACAAGAUGUGUGCUUCCUCCUGCGACUUCGUUAAGCGGCACUUUUUCUCAGACUAUCUGAUGGGGUUCAUUAACUCUGGGAUCUUAAAAGUCGACGUGGACUGCUGCGAGAAAGAUUUGUGCAACGGGGCAUCAGCCACGGGGCGCAGUCCCUGGGCCCUGGCUGGGGGGCUCCUGCUCAGCCUCGGGCCUGCUCUCCUCUGGGCUGGGCCCUGA